AUGAAGGCCAAAACCCCAGCAAAUCCAAAGGGCCGAGGCCGAGGCCGAGGGCGAGGGGGGCCGAGAUCCUCCGCGGUGGCAGCAAUGGAGGCGACUUCUCCCGCCGGCGAUCUCACCGUCCAGCUCGACCAUGUCUCCUUCCUCCCCCUCCAGCCCAUUUCCUCCGAUCCCCCCUCCCGCUUCCAGAAGCUCCUUGAAGCCGAGGAUGGCCGCGAGCCCACCCUCGAACUCGAUGACGGAGGAGCGGAGGACAAGGACUGCAUCCUUAGCCAAGAUUUCUUCUGCACUCCGGAUUAUAUUACACCAGAAGGACCGCAAAUCAUCAACAAUUUUGAGUUCAAUAAGGAGAAUAUACCUUGUCCCAAGUCACCGGAGAAAUCGAUCAAUGGCAGGAAGAAAAGAAACAAUCAAGAUGGCUCCCCGUGUAAUUCAUUAUCCACCAACCUUCAUUGCACUGAGCAGGGUGCUGAAGUCCAGCUGGAUGCUCUUGGCCCAGAUGAACUUGGGGAAGGCAAGUCAAUACAAACUAGGUCACAGAAGAAAAGAAACUAUGUUUCUCAGUCUGCAGUAGCUUUACGUUGCCGAGUUAUGCCUCCUCCUUGCAUCAAGAAUCCAUAUUUAAGCACAGUAUCAUCAACCAAUCUUGAUAUUUUUGGUGACAGAAGAUUGAAAUCCACAGGUUUUUCUCCAUCAGUCGGUGGAGAUGGCCUUUCACGCUACCGCACCGAUUUUCAUGAAAUUGAGCAAAUUGGAUGUGGGAAUUUCAGCCAUGUAUUCAAAGUUCUGAAAAGAAUAGAUGGCUGUAUGUAUGCAGUGAAACACAGCAUAAAGCAACUGCAUCAUGACAUGGAAAGGAGACGUGCAUUGAUGGAAGUUCAAGCACUAGCAGCCUUAGGAUAUCAUGAAAACAUAGUUGGCUACUACACUUCAUGGUUUGAAAAUGAGCAACUGUAUAUUCAGAUGGAACUUUGUGACAGGAGCCUUUCAAUAAUCAGAGGUCAUAUACCUAAGGGUGGAGAAGUCCUUGAAAUUUUGUAUCAGAUAGCUAAAGCAUUGCAGUUUAUGCAUGAGCGUGGUAUAGCCCACUUAGAUGUUAAGCCCGAGAAUAUGUAUGUAAAAAAUGGUGUUUAUAAACUUGGAGAUUUUGGUUGUGCAACACGCGUUGAUAGGACUUUACGCAUUGAAGAAGGCGAUUCGCGUUACAUGCCUCAGGAAAUCUUAAAUGACAAAUAUGAGCAUCUUGACAAGGUCGACAUUUUUUCUUUAGGAGCAGCCACCUAUGAGCUCGUGAAGGGUUCCCCCCUUCCUGACUCUGGUCCCCAGUUCUCAAACCUCAGAGAGGGCAAAAUCCCACUGCUUCCUGGAUAUCCUAUGCAAUUCCAGAGCUUACUUAAGGCUAUGAUGGACCCUGACCCUUUAAGACGCCCUUCUGCGAAGGAAAUCAUGGAACAUCCGAUCUUUGAGAAAUCACAAGGAACCUCCAUCAAGCAAUCUCAUCAUGUGUUAAAUAAAUUCAGACAGUGAUGGCACCAAUAUUGGAGGAGAUAUAUAAGUCUUGGUCAAUUUUGGAUUUGCUCUGGUUUAGAGGGCACAUUCUGCAUCUCAUUUUGUACCAUACCUCAAACUCUAGUGCCCUAAGUUUUGCAACGAUACCUUCGAGAUGCAGUCUUUUGUUAUCUUAUGAGUAUGUAAAUCCCUUUUGAGGGAUGCUAUAAAUAUUGUCCCUUGGUAUCAGGAAAGAAAGUGGGGUGGUGGGGGAGGCAUUUCUGGUGUCAGAAAAUGGUGGUUUUCCUAUUUUCUGGUGUUUGGACGAAUAGGCAAAGCAUGUAACUGUGUAAUAGGAGGUUAGAACUUCGGACUAUACCUCAUUUGCUCA